CUUAAUUCCAGCUUAUAAUACUUACCUAAAAAUAAAAAUAAAUAAAUAAUAAUUAAUACGUGUAAUAAUAAUAAUAGGUUAAGUUAAUUGGUGGAUUGUAGUUAUAUUGCACUGUACGUGCACUGUUAAAAAAAGAGUUGGUAAAUUCAUAAUUAGGUCACACUUGCAUUUGGUAAGUUGUAUAAUUGUUGUUAUUUGGUCUUUACAAAUAUGCCACCCAAGAAAGCUCAGCAGAAAAAAGGGGUGUGUGUUGUGAAGCAGACUACAGAGCGCCCGCCAAUUCAGCAGGACAUGUCUUCUCAUGAUGAUGAGGAUCUGGGGACCAUCCGUGCGUUGGUAGCUAGAGUUGAGGCACUGGAAAAGGAACGCAGGCAGCCGCUGGACGCUGAUGCGGGUACAAGUACCACUCCAGCAGGUAAGAAAUCUGCACGGUUGGCUUCUAAAGUGCCUAAAAAUCGUAUUCUUGCUGAUUUGGUUUCCAGGAUUGGUGUUCUUGAAGCUGCAGUACCCAUUGAAGAGCCCUUAGCAGCUGGGUCGCCAGCUGCUUUGCCUGCGGUUCCAGAUACCAUCUCUUCUCCUGCGGUUCCAGUCAUACCUGCUGUUGGGCCUCUUCAAGCACCACUGCCGUUUUCGCCACCGGCGGCCACGGCUCUGCCUGCGGGAGCUUCGGGGUGUGUCGCACGCCCAGUGGUUGCCUCUCCAGCUGCUUAUGCAGGUUUGUUGAACCUCUCAGUCCCCGUGAGGAUCGUACUGUGUGGCCACUCUAUCUUGUUUUGGGCGCACCCGCGUGCCUCUUCGUCGAUACCUGGAACACAGCUGCAGCUUUCGGCCGUAGCUACGGUUCGAUGGGAAGCCCGGAGGGGCAUGUUAUGGGAUGCGCUGUUGCCAUCAGUUUGCCGGGUUAUGUCUUUGGCGGAUCGGCCUCAUGUAUUGUUGAUUCAUUUGGGGGAAAAUGACUUGGUGCAGCGUCCAGGGAUGGACCUGCUUAUCAAGGUCACUCGAGAUCUCACGUGGCUUAUUCGUUCAUUUCCCAAUCUCCUAUUGGUUUGGUCUGAUAUGUUAGUUAGGAGGGUGUGGAGGGGUGCUUUUCAUCCUAAUAGGAUCGACAGAUCCAGGAAAUGGGUGAACAGAAAAGUCAGGACUUUGGUCUUAUCUCUUGGAGGGGCAUACAUUCCUCAUGAUACGAUUAGGUUCCAUGUCCCACAAUUGUUUCGGGAUGAUGGGGUUCAUCUUUCAGAACAAGGGUGUGAUUUGUUUUUAGAGGAUUUGAUGCUGGGAUUAAGGGGUUUGUUAGAUUCUUUGGGUUGAGUGGACCAAGCUUUAGCUGAUCCACUCUUGUGGCAUAGAAUUUGGGCAGGUGAGGUAUUCAGGGGUUAAACUGAGGUGUUUAAGGCAUUCUCGAAAAGGGGCACUGCCUAGGGAACCAUCAGGGCUUCAUGUCCGGUGGGGAUCUGGGUAGUGUCCUUGUGGAACCGGCUUGCGCAUCAUGGUGAACACUUGUAUGGCGGGGCCAUGGUGUGGAGGUUGGAACCACAUAACUCUAAGAGCAAGGAGGGAGGAAUGCACCCAUGUCCUUGACUCUGGAGUUACCUUUAGGAGAGUUGUUGCCUUUAGAAGGUGAGGGUAUAAUCCCUCAUAGUUAGGCUUAGCCUCACCUGCCCGAAGUAUUUUAAUUUGAUA